ACACCGUUAGCACAACAUGCUCAUAGUAGGUUUGCUACUCAAAAAAUGGCAUCAAUGGUAAUAGGCAAAUUGGUUGAAAAAAAACCUUUGGUCCAAAAUGAUUAUAGCACUUUUUCAAAAAUUCAGGAAAGUGAAAGGAGUUUUGUUGAUUAUAAUAGAACAUUUUCAAGUACAAUCAAAAAUAUCCAAUUUCAUCGUUAUAAGCUUACAAGUAAAGUAAUGGUCAAUGCAAACGUCAAAUGUCCUGUAAUAAAGUUUACAUUUUCUAGAGUACAUCAGGAAAGGAAAAAUGUUAGCAAUCAAAGGUUCUUGCCUGGGCAUUAUAUUGAGAUGCAAUCUAGAGUAAAAGGCCAGAAUGUGAUUAGGAGUUAUACUCCCUUAGAAGGCAGCUUAUUUAAGUCGUUUUCAAUUUACGUUAAAAUUUAUCCUAACGGGCUCUUUUCUCAGCACUUGAAUGAACAGUUAAUAGGAUAUGAAAUUCAAGUUCGUGGUCCAUUUGACAUUUGUAAUAGACCUAGACCUAAUCCAUAUCUUAUGUCUAUAAGUCCAAUAAAUCCAUUAACUUCAGCGCAAUAUUUUAAUUGGGAGACAAGCCUUUAUUCACCCACGAGUCCUUACAAUAAACUUAUUGGGUCUCCUGGAAUCUUGUCUCCUAUGAAAACUUCUCUAUUAAACCCAAAUAGUUCAGAUGGCUGCUGGGAUGAAUUAUAUAUGAUUGCCGGUGGCACUGGAAUAACACCAAUGUUGCAGUUAAUUAAGUAUCAUCUGGAACAGUCAGCAAAACGAAAUAACGACUUUAAGCGAAAUGUUAAUUCUAAACGAAUGCAUUUAUUAUUUGGAAACCGCAAAAUUGAAGAUAUUAUUGAUGGUAUAUUACUUGAAGAUCUGGCCCUUUCAAGCAGGGGACAACUUACUGUAACAUACUGUCUUUCAGAUCCGCCUUCAGAUUGGGUUGGUUUUCAAGGGAGAAUCGGUCCACAAGUAAUACAAAACUGGAUGAAUAUAGUGCGGGGUGAAGACAAGUCUCAAACAUUCUCAGAAAGUAGCGAUUAUACACAUAUUCAAGAUCAUUAUAUACCCUAUAACUCAGACGAGCAUAAUGAGAGUUCUUCGCCAGAGAUCAGCUCUAGGUUACAAUCACCACGUGAAAUUUCACAAACCUUGCCAUUUUCACCCUAUGGGACAGCAGAUAUACAAAGUUCUAGAAUAGAAUCAAAAUCAAGAAAAAUAAAUUCGUUAACGGAAAGAAUACCCGGAACAAUUAAUCUGGAUUUAGUAACUUCUAUGAAAUGGAAUUAUGUAAUGCGUGAAAAGAUUUUUGUUUGUGGACCAUCUAGCAUGAUG